UGCAGAUUCUUCUUUGGGCUCGCUCUGCUGGCGGUGCUUGGCUGUGCUGGUUUCCUAAUGCAAGACGCCUUCGUCAAGUGGAACACGACGCCCGUGAUAGUGGGCAUCAAUCCGGAGCCGACGUACAUCACCAAGGAGCCCUUCCCGGCGCUCACCAUAUGCAAUCUGAACCAGGCGCUGGCCUCCCAAGCCGCCCGGCUGCCCAACGACUCAUCACAAUUCGCCAUGCUCCAAGUCCUGUGCCAUCGCAAGCCGCACACGCAGCUCAGUCGCGGCAACAACAACUGGGAACAGCUGAUCAGCAAUAUCUCACAGCCAUGCGGCGACAUGGUCAUCGGCUGUCGCUUCGGCGCCGUCGACUAUCACUGCGAACGCAUGUUCCAGCCGAUCAUCACUGACGAGGGCCUCUGCUGUGUCAUCAAUAUGCUCCAUCCACGCUUCAUGUACAAGCACAAGUAA